CAAGACCUGAGGAGAGACAGGAGAGACACAUGAAAGGAUAUUCUACACAGAGAGACAGGAGAGAGAGAGAGAGAGAGAGAGAAACGUCUUCCUCUGACCUGCUGGUAUGAGAAUGAACAAAAGAAAAUAAACAGAUGAAAAAAAAAAAACAUUUCUUUCACAGCAGAGAAAAAAAUCAUUUUUAAAUAAAAGGGUCAGAUGUUAUAAGUUAGUAAACCCUGCCCACUUUUCCACAUUAACCAAUCAUAGGCGCUCUCUUAAUCUAUACUCCUCAUUAAAUCAUGUGAUAUCUGUUAGCAUGGACACGGCCUACUCUGUCUGUGUGUGUGUGUGUGUGUGUGUGUGUGUGUGUGUGUGGUGUCACUGUGUGAAACAUUCAGACUAUAACAAAGAGCCACUGAGGAAUGAAUAGAACCCAUAACAAGUGUACACAAUGGAUGAGUGACUGCACACACACUCCAUUCAGGACUAAACUAGUGUGUGUGUGUGUGUGUGUGUGUGUCAGAGAGAGACAGAGACAGACAGAGAGACAAACGAGGAGGAAUAUAUAAAAGUGUAAACAAUGCUUGAAUGAACUGGACACUUCUCUGGACAGUGUGUGAUGAGAUCAGUUGGUGUUAGAUAUACACACACACACACACACACACACACACACACACACACACACACAGGACAGCUAACUGGAACUUGCCUCUUUAAACACGGCCUUUUUGCUAACAGGAAUAUCUUGUGUUUGUAGAAGUUCUCCUCAGUAAGUUCUCAGAGCUCUUGUACCUCAGACAGAUACGAGGGUGUAUGCUUUCUGUCCAUGAGUAUGUGCAUGUGAUUGGGUGAGAUUUGCCUGAAGGUGUGUGUGUAGGUGUGUGUAGGUAUGUGCAGGUGUGUGAGAGAUAAUGAACAGUAACACUGUUGAUGUUUAUGGCAUUUGUCUCACCCAGUAGAUAAUGAUCUAAACACACAGCACUGCACGGUUCAGUAUGAUAUCGUCCUGACAGUACGUUCAACCGGUUUAGCAUUGUCAACACACACACACACACCAUCUUCAAAGAGACACCAUCAAGAACAAAAUAAUACCUGGAGAUCCCCAGAUAUUUCCAAGGCAACUGUGAGGUCCUGCAGGUCCAGGCUCUGCCCUCAGACCUCCGGACAGCUCUACUGAAGUCCAGCUCUGUCCAUCGGUUUAAGAUUCCCAAACCAUUUCAAAUGGUUCCUCAACUAGAUCAGCAGCUCUACUCCAAGGUUCUCCUAAACUGCUGAGCUCCUCAGUCUAUCGCCAUGAUCAAAUCGGAACCUCACCACCUGGAUCUCUUCACUUCUCAGAGUUCUCAGGAGAGAGUCUGGACAUGUCCCCUGAGACAGAACGCUUCACCUCUGCUUCAUCACAGACUGGACCAUCAAAGACUGGACCGGCCCUGGAACACUGCUGCUCAUCUGAUCCAAUUCUUAACCUCACACUCUGAAUUCAUGACUUGUGAUGAUACUUAAACUCCAGAGUCAUGGGUUUCUGCAAUCACCUGAAGGGAACAGCCCACUAUUUCCAGAGGAAGAACCGGACCUCAGUAUCGGAGGGACUGAUUUUCAUCUCACCUGCAGUGGAACAUCCUAGAAACACCACUGGACAUCCGGCCUCAGCUGUGUCAUGAAGACCACAAACAGGUGUGGUGACAACACACACCAACGGAUUUAAUCAACAGCAAUAAUGCAGACACAACUCUCCCAGAAUCACACAGCCCAGACUCCUGCACUCUCCCAGAACCAUCACACAGCCCAGACUCCUGCACUGGAUCAGAACCAUCACAAAGCCCAGACUCCUGCACUCUCCCAGAACCAUCACACAGCCCAGACUCCUGCACUGGAUCAGAACCAUCACAAAGCCCAGACUCCUGCACUGGAUCAGAACCAUCACAAAGCCCAGACUCCUGCACUCUCCCAGAACCAUCACAAAGCCCAGACUCCUGCACUCUCCCAGAACCAUCACAAAGCCCAGACUCCUGCACUCUCCCAGAACCAUCACACAGCCCAGACUCCUGCACUGGAUCAGAACCAUCACAAAGCCCAGACUCCUGCACUGGAUCAGAACCAUCACAAAGCCCAGACUCCUGCACUCUCCCAGAACCAUCACAAAGCCCAGACUCCUGCACUGGAUCAGAACCAUCACAAAGCCCAGACUCCUGCACUCUCCCAGAACCAUCACAAAGCCCAGACUCCUGCACUCUCCCAGAACCAUCACAAAGCCCAGACUCCUGCACUCUCCCAGAACCAUCACACAGCCCAGACUCCUGCACUGGAUCAGAACCAUCACAAAGCCCAGACUCCUGCACUGGAUCAGAACCAUCACAAAGCCCAGACUCCUGCACUCUCCCAGAACCAUCACAAAGCCCAGACUCCUGCACUGGAUCAGAACCAUCACAAAGCCCAGACUCCUGCACUCUCCCAGAAUCACACAGCCCAGACUCCUGCACUCUCCCAGAACCAUCACACAGCCCAGACUCCUGCACUGGAUCAGAACCAUCACAAAGCCCAGACUCCUGCACUCUCCCAGAACCAUCACACAGCCCAGACUCCUGCACUGGAUCAGAACCAUCACAAAGCCCAGACUCCUGCACUGGAUCAGAACCAUCACAAAGCCCAGACUCCUGCACUCUCCCAGAACCAUCACAAAGCCCAGACUCCUGCACUCUCCCAGAACCAUCACAAAGCCCAGACUCCUGCACUCUCCCAGAACCAUCACACAGCCCAGACUCCUGCACUGGAUCAGAACCAUCACAAAGCCCAGACUCCUGCACUGGAUCAGAACCAUCACAAAGCCCAGACUCCUGCACUCUCCCAGAACCAUCACAAAGCCCAGACUCCUGCACUGGAUCAGAACCAUCACAAAGCCCAGACUCCUGCACUCUCCCAGAACCAUCACAAAGCCCAGACUCCUGCACUCUCCCAGGACCAUCACACAGCCCAGACUCCUGCCCUAUAUGACGAUAUAAUUGUGUAUAAUUAUGACGUAAUUUAACGGAGUGUGCAUCACUCCCCUGCUCACUCAGUAGAAAUAAAACACUUUGGAGAUUAAUUACACACAGAAGCUCCUGUAAUGAGGGAGGAGUGUGUGUGUGUGUGUGUGUGUGUGUGUGUGUGGUAAGGAAUGUGAUAAACAUUACAGACCUGUCACCCAAUUCUACAUAAAUACGUUUAAAAAGUAAUCACUCACACACACACACACACACACACACACACACACUAAGGACGGGUGUAUAACGGGAUUACAGUAAGAACUUUACCUUAACGUCACGCGCGUGUUCCACCUGCUCAGGUGAGUUAUCUAAAACUACACUGUCUGGAUUUUACUUACACUUACACACACAUAGUUAAGAUAUUUAUGACAGUGUCUGUAAGAAUACUGAAAUUAAAAAACUUAAAUAAAGAAACACAUAAAGUCAUUCUUACCGUAU